GAAAAAUUCGAAUAAAAGCGCCAAAGAAUACAAUUUGUCAUGGCGCCCUGACAGCGUGCUGCAGCGUGCGCAGAGCGUGCAGUACGUUUGUGUAUGUAGAUAACAAACAACAUUGCGGAGUUUUUGAAUUUUUCAAAUCGGUUUAUAACAGAAAACGGCGAAACCAAGGAAGAUACUAUUUUCGCAACAUAUAACAAUAAUUUAUUGCAUGGAAUACAUAUCGGAUAUUCGAAGGACGCGAAGAUAGUUUCCUUUACACAUCUUAGUGCUCUUACGCUCAAAUAAUUCAGUUGAACGACGCAGGUAGCGCAAAACACAGAGCACCUCAAUUUUGCAAUUUUGCAAGUGCUAUGUUAAUUGGUUGUUGGGUUCCUCCUCGUCCCGGUUGUGAUGGAAGAUGUAGGUGCUACGAUUUUCUACGAUGACGAUGAGGACGAUUGCAUUGAUUACGACUGUAUGCACAAUGUUGAGUACGAUUACGACUAUGUGGAUACAGAGAAGGAAAAUCUCUACGAACUUUACCAAUAUUGUCUUAGUCCCACUCUGUACGAUACGGGACGUUAUAUGUUACCUUUAUUGGGUAGCACGAUAUUAUUUAGACUGUUCGUCCACACCCCAUACGUAUCGCACAGAUUAUUUCAUACAUUGUCGGUAAUCGUAGGCUUGUAUAUUAUUCAGUAUUACAUGCAGGAAUGUUUAGUCAUACUGAUAGUAUUCGUUCUACUUUCCUACGGUAUUUUGUACAUUCCGAAAAAAUGGCAUGGCGAUGUAGGAAUCUUCUUACUGUCUCUUUUGACGAUUGUAUAUUGUGAAUUCUCAAUGGAGCCAGUAAUAUGGCAUAAGGUACGCAGCGUGAUUAUGACUAUGGCGAUGAAGGUAAUCAGUAUCACCGUUGAUACAACUGACUCGAACGACUUGCCAGAUAUUUACAGUUACAUGAGUUACAUGUUCUGUGGUGUAACUUGCCUAUUCGGGCCAUGGAUACCAUUCGAAGAUUACGUUUCACUGCGUACCUCUGACAUCCAGAAAUGGCAGAUAAGCUAUGGUAUAGGGUACGGCUUCCUUGCAUUUGUCUUCCUGAGCAUUUCAAACUGCUGGACAGAGUGGAUAUUUGUAAAUAACUCCUGGAAGUGGUUGAUCGCGUACAGAGACGCGUUAGCUUUCAGAUCAUCUCAUUACUUCAUCUCUUACGUAGCUUCGGCGUUGUUGAUCCUCGCUGGAUUUCCUCUUUCAUUGUCAACAACGGUCAGACCAUUUCAUAUUGAGUUACCGCGCUCUCUUGUCCAAGUCGUCAUUCAUUGGAAUAUUCCGAUGCACCACUGGCUGAAGACGUACAUCUUCCGUCCCAGCAUUAAACGAUUGGGAAAAUUCGGAGCAGUAACCGUCACGUAUCUGAUAAGCGCUCUUCUGCACGGACUGAAUUUUCAGCUGGCAGCUGUGUUACUUAGUUUAGGAUUCUACACGUACGUCGAGUUUCAGCUCAGGACUAUGCUAGCCGAUACUUUCGACGCCUGUGUCGCGUCCAAACAGUGCGCUUCGGCGAGAUGCACGCACAAGUAUACCUCUUACAAUUGUUUGUGGGUAUUUAUGACAAACAUGGCGUUCUCCAGUUUGACGAUGUUUCAUUUAGCUUAUCUAGGUCUCAUGUUUGAUACGUCGGAUUUACAAGAAACAGGGUACAGCUACAGCCAUACCAUUGAUAAGUGGGCUCAGCUCGAUUUUGCUAGUCACUGGGUAGCGUUGGCUACGUACUGCCUAUAUUUUCUCGUCAAAUAAACACAUUUAUUUCACACGUAGAAGAAGUUCUCAUCAAUUCCUAAGAAUCUUGUGUACUUAAUUGUCUUUCUAUAGAAAAUAAACGGUGUUGAAGUAAAUACAUAGGCCGUUUUAUAGAUAUUCGCUGCUAUUUUCUAAGGGGUCACGGAUGAAGAUGAAAUGUUUAUUUUGUAUACUCCGAGAAAGUAAGUAAAAUACGUAUUCUUUAUUGAGUGUAUAACGCAAUAUAAAGUUCACCGGGUGUUUAUAUAUAUAAAAGCACAUUUAUAAUAGUUUGUAAUUAUAAAAAAAGUUUAUAAAGUGUAAGUAUACAAUGUUAAAUAAUACUCCUUCAAUAUUUUAUAUUCUAGUCUAAUAUUACAUUGAACGUCAUAUUUUCAUAACGAAUAGAAACAUCUUUGCUAAGACAUCAUUUCAUCUAAUAGCGUUGUAAUGUUUGCAUUUGUAAUAUCACCGUGUGACGUAGCCAUUAGAAGUUAGCAAUUAUACAAUGCAAAGUUAUCUUUGUUUUUUUUUCACCAAAAUAUAUAGAAAAAUUUCGGACACUUUCAAUGUUAACCGUUUGAGUGCCACGCGUCUCUGCUGUUUCCCCGUCCUAACGUGCCAAGGAGCGCUUUUUCGCUUGUCUUAUUCCCCACCCAGAAAUGCUAAACGACGCGAUAGCGCUUGUCUUAUUCUCCGAUGAUUGCAUCCAAAUGUUAGAUUGCAAUUAAAAUUCGUUCUUUUAUCAGUUGUCUCAUUAUUUCAUUUUUAUCUAAAACGUAAUGGUAGCCGUAAAGUCGCGCAUCGACAGAAGCCGAGCGUGUGCCGGUUAUCGGCUUCGCAGCCUAGAACGCUGGUACUUUUCGAGCGAAACAGAAGAAGUGCAAAAUCCCUCCUUGGUACUCAAACGGUUAAAACACAAGUGUACAAAUACGUAUAAAUACAUAUAUCUUCAAGUAGAAUAGAAUUCCUGCUCUCUUAUUUUUAUGUACAUUGUCCGUGAAUUUAACGAUCUAAUGAUAACUGCGUAUCUGAUGCGAUUGAAGUCUUGUUACACGCAAUAUUACAAUUGGACAUUACAAUGAAAAAAUGCUAUACACAUAAUUCACAGUAUUUCACUAGAUAGAUCGGAGCUGCGAAGACUUGCUACUUUUACAAUGUAUAGAUAGUGCGUUUAUUCGAAAAUAAAUAAUUGCUCUCUACUAUUUAUCCUAUCUUUUGGAAUCUAAUGACACAUUAACUAUGCCUCUAAACAUCAUCACAUUUUAAUAAUCCAUUCUUAAACAUUAUAAUUAGAAAAAAAAACUACGGCUCCUAUAUUUUGUAUUUUAUUUUACAUGAGCGAAUAUGUAAUUAAUACUAUAGAUCUAUCUUUUUUUAUGUAAAAGCAUAUGUAUACGUGUAACUAGAAGAAAAAAGACCGAUGUCCAAAAAAAAUUUAUAGAGAUACGCAUUCUUUCUUGUAGUCAAACUUAAGCUAGCAAAAAGGCCAACACGCUUUCUUCAGAAUAUUUAAUUUCUACAAGAGGAAUGGCCUUCGCAACUAAUGUUUCUGAGUACAAAUAAAAUGAAAAAAUGGUUGAAAAAGCGGUUGAAAAAAAAUCGUUGUGAUAUAAAAUUUAUAUAUUUGAGAUAUUGGCCCUUCUUUCUCCUAAGUACAUACUUCCAUAAGAGAAAUUAGAUCGAGCUGAAGUUAGUUAAAACUUUGCACCACGCUAAAACUAUUAUUGACAUAUUUAUACUUUUAGUUAUUUAUACCAACUUCAUAAAAAAUAAUUCAGUUAUAAUUAUAUUCACGGAUUUUAAAUACAUUGCCUCUAUAAACAACAGUUAUCGUUACUCUUACGACUGCCGCUUAUCUUGAUAUUUAAAAUUGACGAUUUCUUCUUGUUGCUUAGGACAGAUCUUUCGUAACUUAGAUUUCUAUAUUUUUAAAGC